AUGGCUGAUGAUUCUGCAGACCAAGACCGCCACGUUCGCUUUCCCGAGUUAGAGAGGUCGGCCACCGCAGCAGACGAGCAGCAGCGACGCCAGGACGAUGCAGACAGACAAGCGGAAACCGGGCGCCGGCGCUCGAGUUCAGACCCCCUGGGGAAGAGGAGCCAGCGACCGGGCAUGUCCGUCAUACGCCCUAUGAGACGCAUGUCCAACAUUGGGAAGCACACCGCGAACCCCGACGACAAUCAGAACAAUCAGAACAAACGAAUGACCAGCACCGCCACCUUCAAUGGCCCCAACGGUCGCAAUCGCCUGGAUCAGAGCCUCGCCGACGUGCUCGACGUGAUCGAUCCCGAAGUGUCGACCCUGAACAAUGUGACCAAUAUCCAGAACUCGCUCUUUGUACCAGACCUGGGCAGAUUUAUCAAUCGACGACCAACUUUCAACCUGUCCAUGCCGCCCCAGUAUGACUCUAUCACUGAAGAAACCCAGGCCGAGAGAGCCGCCGAGAGAGCUGCACAAGAUGCCGAGCAGGGCUAUUCCUACAACUUCAACCACGCUGUCCUUCCUGAUGGUGUGUCGCUGGUGGGCUGGACCGACGAGGAGAUGGACGAACUGAACGACCACGUACGGCACAUGCUUCACUCGCGCCGCAGUAAGUUCAAGCGAACAAUGAAGGCUUUCGGCCAGUACGUCCGAAAGCCCCUGGGCUUCUUCGUGACACUGUAUGCAACCCUCAUCACGCUCUUCGGUCUUGCCUGGGUGCUAUUCAUUAUCGGCUGGAUUUACGUUGGCGAACGACAACUCUAUAUCAUGAACGUCAUCGACUACGUUCUUGUUGCCCUCUUUGCCGUUGUCGGCGAUGGUAUGAUACCAUUCCGCCUCAUAGAUACGUACCACAUGGCCUUCAUCGCACAUUAUCACCACUUGACGUGGAAACUCCGCAAGAAGAAGCAAAUGGCCGACCUCCAAGACAAGAACGACCUGCCCACUAACCCAGAACUGGAAGAGGCCCGUGACGAGGUAACGGUCCUUUCUGAAGACCAACAGGCCACGCUCGUCCACCAUCAGAACAAGUUCGCCAAGUCGCAUACCUUCUACAAACCGCACGAGACCAGGACGCACUACGCCUUCCCGCUCGACCUCCUGGUGGCCGUCGUCACCCUUUUGGACGUACACUCGUGCCUGCAGGUCUCUCUGGGUGCGACAACGUGGGGCAUCGACUACCACACGCGGCCACCGGCCAUCACCGCCACCAUUCUGAGCUGUUCGAUCGCCGUCAACAUUACGGCAGGGAUUCUGAUCACCAUUGGCGGACGCAAGACGCGCAAGAAGGACGUUGUCGAGCGUAUGUUCCGCCAGGAGCUGACGCGGGAGGCCAUCGACAAGAUCCGGCACCAGGGUAAGAAGGAGGGUGACGUAGACAAGGAGAUCAAGGCCGAGCGCGCCCUCGAGCAGACCCGUCAGACCGAGACUCUUGACGAGGCCAUGAAGAGUGACAUCCCCGCCGCGACGAGGGGGAGCAUCGAUAAGGGCCGGCAGAGCCUGGAUAGCAGCCGGCGUAGCAUGGAUAACAGCCGGCGUAGCGUUGAUAAUGGCCGGCGGAGCAUCGACAAGGGUCGGCGGAGCGAGGGUCGCGGCAUAGAAAGCAUGGAUAGGCUGAGACCGAUACCCUCGGGGCACCAGCUCUAA